CUCUCUUUCUCUCUCUCUCUCUCUCUCUCUGUAAUAAGUGAAAGACAUAUUUUAUCUCUAGGUACCAUUUCUCUCUAAAGAUCCCCCCUAAAAAUCUCUGGUAAGUUACCAAGCCUGGUGUUUAUGGAUUUUUCUUUUUUUCCUUUUUGUACCUGUAAUCCCUAUACCUGCCUCGAGGAGUCAGAUGCCUGGUGCUAGAGUUGAGUCCCAUGGUAACUGCUGUGUGGGAGGGUCUGCAUCUUUUCCACAGUGGGAGGAAUCUGAGCUCACACAGCUCUGCUCAGAAUCCAGAAUCCGUGGUGUUAACGUGGAUUCAGAUCUGAAGGCACUUUCUGCAUCCCACCUCCUCUCCCUUCUCCAGGAGUUUGAUAGCCACAAAGUUACAGACCCAAACAUGGCAGGAAGGAGCUCCGCCUUUUCUAAAGCUGUCACUGCUCACAGCUCAGUGGGGAAGUGUGAAGGGAGAUAUCAAGGGAGGGGCCUUAAGGAGCACUGCUGGACCCUGCUGCACCAGUAAAACUUGCAGGGCAAAACAGGUAGUGCCUGUCACUUCUUUUUACCUAGUGAACAAGAGGGAAAACUGACCGAAGACUGUGAUUGGCGUACACAUGAAAAAUGCUUGUGGCCUAAUGAGGGCGCCUUGCCAGGAAACGCAGAUCCAGUGGUGGUCUGACAGCCCCAGGUCUUCAGCUGGAGAGCAGGCCUCUUGCCCUAAGGGAGAUACUAGAUCAGAAAGCUCGAAGCCAAAGAACCGUGCCUGGGUGUGCAAAUUGUGGACUUGUGCGGAUCUGUGCUCGACUCAUGCAGCUUGUCCAUGGGAACAUCUUGCCAUAUUCCCGAGACCAGCCCGAGGACUGGUUACCAGCCUUUUGUGUCCUCAGCACCAGGACAGGUGGGCCCAGUGAUGUGAUCACAGGGGGCCUUCUGCGAGGAGCGAGGAGAAUCAAAGGAGAGGAUAAGAAGAUGGAAGCAGAGGUUGGAGUAACACGCUUUGAAGGUGCAGGAAGGUACCAGAAGCCACACCAUGCAGGCGGCUUCCGGAAGCUGGAAAACGCAAGGGACAGAUUGUCACGUGGAGCCCCCCGGGAGGAGCGCAGCCCUGCCGACACCUUGAUUUUAAACUUCUGGCCUCCAGAACUGGGGGCUGAGAUGGAAGUCCCCUCAUCUGGUCCUCUGAUGGCCCUCCCAAAGCCUUCUCCCCACUCCAAGGCUGCACCCCUGCUCUCCUGGCCCGGGUUUUCCUCGCUGCCUGAUGAAAGAAGAGGGCUCAGCUCCCAGGUGGUUGGGAGGCCCGCUGGCUGGAGAAGACAGGCGCAAACACACACACAGGUGUGUCUCCCGUUCAUCUACUGGUGCAGCCAUCCGAGGACACAGAAACAAGUUGGCUCUGUGGUUCCUUCAACUUAAAUGUUCUGUAUGAGAAAGGCGAUGUUAAAUCAGAAGCUUUUAAUAAGGCUCUGUAAAUAUUUGCUCAUGCCCCCUGCAACUGAGGACGCUGAACAAGAGCACCUGAUGACUGGCUGCUCUGAAAAGAGACCACAAAAAGGGCUGGGGGGGCUCGGGGUGACUCCCAAAUCCACUCCUUCCAAACUCUCUUCAACAUCUAUGCGUUUGCCUGAAAAAUCUAUGGUGGUUUAUAUCCUGUUUGUGCCGGCGCUUUUGUUCAGGGUUUAUUUCCAGCUCAUUCCAAAACUAAGCAACAUGGACUUCACAUUUUCCUGAGUUUGGGAUGCUUGGGCAAGGAAGAAAAUUCCAGCUUCCCUGAACCCUGAUCAAUGUUUUCUAUUGUUGUGUACGCCCUCAGUUCCUGGCAUGUGAUUGUACGGACCGAGUUUGCCUUAACUUUCCAUCAGACUAAUUUCUAGCGUCGUGUCUGAAAUAGCUGUAUUUACUCUCCAAUCCCAAUUAAAAGAGGGGGAGCCCAUCUAUUAGGACGCUGUAAGUUUAUUAUCUGGCAAGAAUCUUCUUUCUGUUCUUACUAUAAGGUGGCGGGGGGAGGGGGGGCAAGAAACAGAUGGAAUGUUCCCUCGUAGGGGCUUUUCCAGUUUUCAUUGGUUUGAGUCAUAAAUGCAUGUUUUAUUUUUAAGGAAGUAUUAGUUUUAUUACAAUACCACCUCUAAAAAUUUUACAAACCCCCUCCUCCGUUAAACCCUAUUCUUUU